AUGGAGGGUGCCGCGCAGGCCCUCGUGAGCAACGUUGGGCAGCUGGUGGGGGAGGAGUUCCGGCAGCUCCGCGGAGUGGGCGGCGAGGUCGCUCGUCUGAGGGACGAGCUGGCCACCAUGAACGCCCUCCUCCGCAUGCAGUCUGAAGCAGAGGAGGGUGCCGUGGACCACUUCGUCCGGGAGUGGAUGAAGCAGCUGCGGGAGGUCGCCUACGACGCCGAGGACUGCGUCGACCUCUACUUAUUCCGCGUCCGGUGCCGAUCGGGCGACCGCUAUUUCGUCUGGUGCAAGCACCUGCUUGAGACGCUCAUGUCUCGGCGCCGCCUCGCCGGUGACAUCAGGGCCCUCCGUGCCCAUGCCGCCGCCAUCAACGAGCAGCACGCUCGUUACGGCGUCAACCUCGAGCCACUGCGCCGCCCUCCUUCUGUAUCCUUGCGGGCGGUGGCCGUGUCCGCGCGUGCGCUCCGCCCUGCCGACGACCCGUGUCAGUUCGUCGGCAUCACGGAGAAGGCUACCCCCCUGGCCAAUAAGGUGAAGGACAACGUGGAGGGUGACAUGAAGCUCAAGGUUUUCUCCAUCGUGGGCUUCGGGGGCCUCGGCAAGACUACGCUGGCCAUGGAGGUGUGCCGGCAGCUGGAGGCAGAUUUCCAACGUCAAGCGCAAGUGUCCGUGUCCCAGGCGUUCGACGGCAGGAAGGGCCUCAAGGGACUUCUCAUACGCGUGCUGCAGCAGAUCGUCAAGCCCAAGUCAGAUAAUGACCAAGGCAUCACAGAAGAGGAUUCUAUCAAAGGCAUCGAGAGCAUGGACGAGGAGAAACUGUCUGACAAGCUAAAGGAGCUCCUCGAAAACAAGAGGUACCUCAUUGUGAUUGAUGACGUAUGGACCAUUGCAGCCUGGGAUGCAAUCUUUUCCAAGUUACCGGACAACAAGUGCAGCAGCAGAAUCAUUGUUACCACUCGGAUAGAUAAUGUUGCAAAGGCAUGCAGUGAUGCUAGUGGUGACAUCUAUAAUAUACAAGCUCUGAAUCCAUCAGACUCCAAGAAGCUGUUCCUAAGAAGAGCAUUUAGCUCAGUGAGUGACUCUUGCCCCAAGGACUUGGAAGAGGUUAUGGAGAAAGUCUUAAAAAAAUGUGGUGGACUGCCAUUGGCAAUUAUAAGUGUUGCCAGCCUUUUGGCAAGCUACAGCUCACCUGAAAGCAAACAUAUGUGGGAAAUAGUUUUCAAAUCAAUUGGUUCACAGAUGGACAGCCACCCUACCCUUGAGGGGAUGAGACAAAUAGUUACAUUGAGCUAUGACCACCUGCCUCAUCAUCUUAAGGGUUGCAUGAUGUAUCUUAGCAUUUUCCCAGAGGAUUAUGUGAUUGUCAAGGAUCGAUUGUUGAUGAGAUGGAUUGCUGAAGGAUUGGUUGCUGAGAAGCGGGGGUUGACAAUGAUGGAGGUAGCAGAAUCAUACUUCAAUGAGCUGGUGAGUAGAAGCAUGAUUGAUCGGGACUCUGAUGUAGUCACCUACUAUGAUGGGAGGGUGGAGACGUGUCGAGUGCAUGACAUGACACUCGAGGUCAUGGUUUCGAAAUCCCUCGAGGCUAACUUUGUUAGCCUCAUAGGUGGGCAGUACGAGGGGAUGUCAUACGAUAGGAUUCGUCGCCUCUCAAUUCAUGGAGGUGGGGAGAUUGCCAAAGAAUCUCCAUCCCAGAAGAAGACAGCGAGGCAUGGUCGUAAGGAUGGCAUCGAGGGGAUGAAUGUGCAGCAUGCCCGAUCAUUGAGCCUGUUUGAGUUUGAAGGAGACAAACUGCUUGGUCGGCUACGUGAGUUCACCCUGCUUAGGGUGCUUGACCUGGAAGAUUGCAAGGGCCUAGAAAACAAACAUAUGCGCCACAUCUGCCGGAUGUACCUUCUAAGGUUCUUGAGCUUGAAGGGUACAAAUAUCAGUGAGAUGCCUUCGGAAGUUGGUAAACUGGAGCAUUUGCAGACCCUUGAUGCACGCAACACGUGGCUUAAAGAUCUACCGGAGAGUUUGACAGAUCUAGAGCAACUCGAGAGCCUGCAGUUCUCCAAUGGGUGGACACUGCCCGAGGGAGUGAAGAAAAUGAAGUCACUGCGCAAGGCGAACAAAGUGGUUAUCAGAUCAAACCUUGUAGUUGCUCGGGAGGUCGGUGAGCUGGAAAAAUUGCAAGACUUGCGUAUCUAUGUCGCCAGUGACUCUGACAAUCAUCAGCAUGUCCAUCUACAGCUUAUCCAUUCAAUAGGCAAGCUAUACUCCCUCCGAUGCUUGAACAUUGGGGACACGGGUUAUGACCGAAAGGUAAUGAACUUUCUACAUAAGCUCCCCUCGCCACCAAGGCUCCUUCGAUACCUUAGGAUCUGUGGUGGCCUUGUUGGCGGUGGAUUGCCUGCCUGGGUUGGGCUACUCACUAAUCUUGUUGAGUUUGUCAUAGCGUGGGCAUACCUUGAGGGUGACCAACUAUUAGACACACUGUGUAAGUUGCCCAACCUGAAGAGGCUCACCCUGGAGACACACUUCUACGCAGAGAAAAGGCUGGUUGUACGCGAGACCCAGAUCUUUCCAGUGCUCACGGAUCUGAAACUGACAAAUUCUCCUGGAGUUGAGGUUUACGAAUUUGAGAAAGGAUGCAUGCCAAAGGUUGAGGUGUUUGAGCUGGAUUUUGCUAACAUUGAGAAGAAAAUUGUUGGCAUCGAGCACUUGACCAACCUAAAAGAGGUGCAGUUCUUUGGUCGGAAAGACAACAAAGCCCUGAAACUUGCAUUGGAGGAGCUAAAGAAUGAGAAUCGGAGGCGCGGCCAGUCCAAUCAGUUGACCGUCAAAGUGAGAUACGAGUGAUAACUGUGCUUGCAGCUGUUCUUGGCGGUCAUCAUCUGGUUCAGUUUGUUUGCUUACUUGUUUCAGCCGUUCUUGGUGGAUUUGUGACUGUUGUUUCGUUGUUGUUCUCGUCAUGUAAAGUUGGAGUCCUCAGCCGUUAUUUUAUUUAUUUUGUUUAAUCAUCAACAUCAUCUCGUCAUGUAAGUCUAUAAAAUGUACCAGCUUGCGUCCUAAAUAACUGUUGGGUUCUAGA